CUCCACACUCGACGUCAUCCACGUGUCCGUUUGGCGUGUCCGUGUGUCCGUUUGGCGUGUCCGUUUGGCGUGUCCGGUUAGCCUCUCCCUCAGCAAACAGACCCCGGCCCGGAACUGACUGCGGAACUGCGUCGUACACAAAUUUAAAAUGACAGAUGUCACGGUGUUUUUGUCAUGUUUGUUGUUUUUUAUUUCAAUUUUACGUCCAGGGAUCGGGGCAGAAGUGUCCUUGUGGAAUGUCGACAUCAACUCAUCACAAAAUGCAGUCUUCCGGAAGACACUGUACGCCAACACAACUAUUUUCAUGAGAUUCCAGGGCGACUUGGCUUUAUGUGAUCCCACCCUGGCCUUCAACAUCAGUUGGUACCUCCGUUCCUCUAUCUGCUACAAUGAAGUUUUCAAUACUCCAGACAACAAGGCACUGACUAUGUUUGGUCUGGAUCACAUGCUGAAGAAGGACUGGAGCGGCUUCUACAGCCAGGGAUACAUGUACUUUGACAACUGCUCAGUUCUUUUACAACCCAAGGUGUACUACACAGACUUCAGCCCCUAUCAACCCCUCAUCAGUCCACAGAGCGAGGAAGGCAGGCCUUCCAAUCAGAGUGCUCCACAGGGGUGGCUGGAAAAGCCGGAUAUAGGCGCUGUGGCUAAGGCGUGGUCCGACAGCCCCUACCUGUUUAUAGUGAAGGUACAGCCGCAGCAACGUGGAGAUGCCAGCGGGGGGCGCCCUGGAGCAGAGGAGGAGGAGACUAAUGACGUCCAGGGAAACUUGGCCUUUAUCAUGACCGUGGAGAUGAAGGGGCCUCGUGAAUACUCCUCCCCUGCAGACUGGCCUCUUAUGAUGUUCUACAUGGUGAUGUGUAUAGUGUAUGUGUUCUUCGGGGCUCUCUGGCUCUUCUGGUCUGCCUGUUACUGGAAGGAUCUGUUGAGAAUCCAGUUCUGGAUCGGAGGAGUGAUCAUCCUGGGCAUGUUGGAGAAAGCUGUCUUCUACUCUGAGUACCAGAGUAUCCGCUACAGAGGAGACUAUGUUCAAGGUGCUGUAAUCUUUGCCGAGUUGCUGUCUGCUCUGAAGAGAUCUCUGGCUCGGAUCCUAGUGCUCAUAGUCAGUCUGGGCUACGGCAUCGUCAAACCCAGGCUGGGCACCACAGUCCACCGGCUAGCAGCAGUAGGCCUGCUCUACCUGCUCUUCUCCUCUGUGGAGGGAGUGCUGCGCGUCACAGGAGGUUUCUAUGGAACCGUAGCCCUGGUGGCUAACCUGAGUCUCUCUCUCAUUGACUCCUGUGUGAUGUGGUGGAUCUUCAUAAGCUUGUCCCAGACCACUCGUCUUCUGAAGCUGCGUAGGAACGUAGUGAAGCUGUCUCUGUAUCAGCAUUUCACCAACACACUUAUCUUCUCUGUUCUGGCUUCUAUUAUCUUCAUCAUCUGGACGACCAAAGUGUUUAAGCUGGUCGACUGCCAGACCGGUUGGAGGGAUCUGUGGGUGGACGAUGCGUUCUGGCGUCUCCUCUUCUCCACCAUCCUCCUGGUCAUCAUGGUGUUGCUACGACCCUCCGCCAACAGCCAGAGGUUCUCCCAUUCCCCUCUGAUCGAUGAAGACGAUGAGGAGGAUGAAGCCAAGGAACCCAUGCUGAAUGAAGCCUUUGAGGGGAUGAAGAUGAGAGGCACCAAGGCUGAGACUAAUGGAGCCCAGUCACAGAAACUAUUGAGUAAAGAGGAUGAAGACCUGAAAUGGGUUGAGGAGAACAUUCCCACAACUGUUGCUGAUGUAGCCCUCCCAGUAAUGCUUGACGAAGAGGAGGAAAUUCUGAAAACCAAGAUGGAGAGAUCCAAAAUGGAAUGACCGAGUGGGGGGGUUUCACUGAGGCAGCCAUUGAUGGAGUUUAAAUGAAGUGACCCAUCAGAUCCUAUAUUUAUGUAAACACUUUUUAUGUUCCUUCAUUUUGAGCACCGCCAUGCAGCCGCUAAUAAACUCUACGGCUUUGCCAAAUGGCCACCUAUUCCCUCUGUAGUGCACGACUUUUGACCAGGGCCCAUAGGGUCCCAUCUGGCCAUGAUGCUGUAUCCUCAGAUAGGAGUGGCAAGUCGAUGGAUAUUUUUUAUUUUACCUUUUUAUUUAACUAGGCAAGUCAAUUAAGAACAAAUUCUUAUUUACAAUGACGGCCUACCGGGGAACCGUGGGUUUAACUGCCUUGUUCAGGGGGCAGAAAGACAGAUUUUUACCUUGUCAGCUCGGGGAUUCGAUCCACGCUGCCUGCCACCCCCAAUAUAGCUUGAAGUGUGCACUCGUUCGCUACCUCCCCAUAAAUCUAAAAGCAUUGGAUUGGUGGAGGCAUGGACUAGUGGGAGUUUCCACCCAUUUCCUUUCAAAUCAGUGAAGGGAAGUGAAGAAGUGCACACUUUGGAAGGAAGGAGAGAUAAUUGGGAUAUAGUGAGGGAGUGGGCUGGCAGCAGUGACAUACUGCAUGUAUAGUAUUAUAUAUUUUGGUAAAUCUAGGUCUGCAUCCUAAAUUGAUCGCACAAAUAUUGGCCUGGGCCCUGGUCAACAGUAGUGCACUACCCUAUGGGGCUCUGGUCAACAGUAGUGCACUACCCUAUGCGGCCCUGGUCAACAGUAGUGCACUACCCUAUGCGGCCCUGGUCAACAGUAGUGCACUACCCUAUGGGGCCCUGGUCAAAAGUAGUACACUACAUAGGGUUCCAUUUGGGAUGCUACCUGUCACUUGGCCCAGUGAGUCAGUCAGUCUGCCAUUGACACUUAUCUAUAAUAGUAUUGACACAGUGCAGUCUGAUAAUUUUGUCUAUUUGUUAAAUGCAUUAUUAUGUGUCACUGUGAGGCUUUUUAUGUCAGUUUCUGCCACCACCUCCCAAGAUAAUUAAUUUCACGUUCCCCCCCACAAUGCUGGCGCAGUGCAAUUUACUGAGACACACAGCAGAGGAUCAAUACUGGGCAGCCCGUGUAAACACAGCCUGUGUGGCCAGACCAGGCCCACUGACCCAGUAAUUUAUUCUACAGACAGCAUAUGGUUUUUUAUUGUUAAAUUGUCCUGCAUUGCAUUGUUUUUUCUUUGUUUUUUGUUUAGCAGGAAAUAAGGACAGCAUCUAAUGUACAGUAAAGUGGGUCUGCAUUGUAAUUUUUUUUUUUUGUUACAUUAUUGUAUGCGUUUUUGCUGUUUAUUCUGGGAUUAAAGUUUAUAUUAAAACAUUGUCAUCGUGCAAAUUAAUA